UAGAGACGGACUUGGCUCGCUCAUAUGUUCAGCUUGGCUGGGUUGAGAUCCUGUUUUCUUAAAUGUUGAUAUCUGGUAGUGUAAGCUCAGAAAUAUCCCACUUAACAUCAAGCCCUAGGACUUGGAUAGAGCGAGGAGGUCAGUUCCUGACGGACAGGGUAACCAGUAAGAAUGACAGUAAAUAACUCGCAAAACAUCCACGAUUACCUCGAAUUGGCAAGUGCUGAUGAAUCAAUGAAGUUAGGCUCUACAGAGGUCAUACCUCCACAGCUGUUGUCAGUAACACAAAAGGACAUGUCAUUCAAUGAUCAGUUACAACACGCCGAGCUUACAGUAUUUCCAGAUCUUCCAUUCAAGCCCGUACCUGAUGUGAAGGAAUCUGUGGCAGCUCUAGACGCUGUACCGCCCUACUACAACGCGACCACCGCCAGCGACAUCUUUGUCAAACCUUUAGAGUCAUUCGAAGAGGUUAAGCGAAUCUCCUAUAUGGAUGUCCCAGAAGUGAAUCGAAUCUCCUAUAUGGAUGUCCCAGAAAAGAAACGAAUCUCCUAUAUGGAUGUCCCAGAAGUGAAACGAAUCUCCUAUAUGGAUGCCCCAGAAGUGAAACCAAUCUUCUAUACGGAUGUCUCAGAAGCUAAACGCCCGCUUCCAGAAGUGGACACUUAUUCUAAACUAGAAUUACCAGAUCAUUAUGACUCCCUGGCGUCUGUUGGAAGACACAGCUUAGCCAAGCCCAGUGCAGCUAGACAGCACAAGAUGGUUAGUAAAAAGUGCAUUACUUUCGCAUUGUUUUGUUACUUUUUGUGGCUACUUCUAUUGUUGGUCCCAAUACCGGCAACAAUUUUCGUCUUUGGUAAUAAAUUGGACAACAAACUUGAUGCCUUUAUAAACAUUCAAAAAGAAAAUUUUAAUUUAGAUCUCAGUAGCAUCUGCCCCAACACUGCAGCGUCAGAUCUACGAGUGACAUUUGCAGGAAGCUGUUAUUGCCUCUACAGGAAAAGACUCUCCUGGGAAUCCGCCAAAGAGUUUUGCCUCAGCCUGGGAAAUGGGGUCCAUCUGGCGGAAAUCUACACUAAGGAGGCCAACGACUUCCUGCUGCCUCUAUUGCAGGCCUCAAACACCAAGACGGGGAUAUGGCUGGGUGGUUCCGAGUUGUUGAACGAGGGGAGGUGGAUGUGGAACUACACUGAGAAACCUGCAGCGGUGUUUACGCCUUACCAGUGGAGUAUCGGUCAGCCAAGUCGUUUUAGCCCCACAGGUGAAAGGGAGCAAUGCCUAGAAGUCUAUAAUUGGAACAGUGCUACUUUUAUGUGGAAUGAUAUCAAUUGUAAUUACGAGAAUUCCUUUUUGUGUAAGUCUUCACUGGAAAAAUCACGUUGUUCAUGUUAAUAAUCAGUUGAGUUUAACUAGGUCCCUACCUUUCUACCUGUUUAUCUGCCUAUCUACCUGUUUAUCUGCCUAUCUACCUGUUUAUCUGCCUACCUACCUGUUUAUCUGCCUACCUACCUGUUUAUCUGCCUACCUACCUGUUUAUCUGCCUACCUACCUGUUUAUCUGCCUAUC